CAAGUACAGAGUGGUGAUGGAGAUGGACGUACGGCCGCUAGGAGACACGGUCGUUGAUGUGGGAUUGACGGAAUGGCCUGAGGCGAUCGCGUGUUGGGAUGCCAAGUGCCCCAACAACGACUGCACGUGUGUGUUGUACGACAAGACAACAUGAAACGUAGUACGUAGCGCACCGUUGGACAUAAUAUCAUGAUAGAUAGGUUAGUCGAGCAACUAUUUAUAUAGCUAGCUAUAUUUUGAUCAAGGAUAUAACGAAACAACAACAAUUUUGGCCAAAUUGGAAAUUACCCUCAUUCGAAAUGCUCGUCUACCAUCGACUCUCCCAUUAUGCAAGUGCAAGUCUUGCAAGGGUAGCUGCACGAUGCCUGAACUCCUCUGCUACGCUGUCGGAGGGCAGUAGCAGCACACAACCCGACUCCAUUUUCGCUACCAAAGAAUCUCCCUGGGACCAUAUAUUGAGCGACUCAAUCAAUGACAUGCCACCUGUCCUCCCCUCCCCAGUCCGCAAUCCCUUACGGGCUGGUGGCGUAGAAACCUCUGGACCCACCCGCGCACGCAGACAAGCAAUGACCGCGCGCGAAAUCAGUGCCUUCGAUGAAAUGUUCAACAUGAUCUUCGACGCGGUCUCAGAGCAAAAGAACCCUUCUGCCAAACUCUCCUCCUCAAAACAAGACGACCCACUAGCUGUUUUGGGCGGAAUCGGGCGCAAGCCAUUCGGGCAAGCCCCAGUGUCAGAUUUAUUCGGCAAACUCAGACGACACUCAAAACGGUUGAAAUGGACGACGGAAGCGGAUGAAGAAUUUGAUAAGAAGAAGGAGGAAAUGGAGCUUUGUGAUACGGAUCAGCAGCUACUUGAAUGGGCUAUGCGCGAGGUGUUCGGGCAGUCUCAGAAAUACGAGGAACGUGCGCGAAAUGCUAUUGCUAAAGCCGAAGAACAGGAUACUCCAGGCCUCACCCCAAGCUCGAACGCGAGCGCGAGCGCCAAUGCACCACCACAACUUGGUUCUACGCACCUUGAACUCCAACACCCGACAUAUCCCUACCUCAUCGCGCACCUUGUGCGUUCUUUCCGUGACAAAUACCGUGACCCCCACCUCGCUCUCUCUAUCUUCGACUACGCGCGGCACCUAAGCAUCCCAAGCUACGUAUUCGGGUGCACCACUCCCGCAUACAACGAGCUGAUAGAAACCCGCUGGUCGUGUUUCCGCGACCUCAGAGGCGUACACGACGCCCUCGAAGAGAUGAGGGUCAACGGGGUCGAGCCCGAUGGCAGAACCAAGAAACUCGUCGAGACACUAAGGCGCGAAGUAGGGGCACGCACGGUUUGGGAGGAGGAAUCUGUGUUUGGGGGUGGGGAGGUUGUUGGGAUGUUGUCUAAGAUCGAGCAGCUUGCUAUUAAGGAGCCGAGAAGGAAACGGGGGAAAGGAUCAGGCCGGAAAGGGCCAGCUUUUGAUGCGUGGAAGGGGGAUGCGCUUAAGGAGGACGUGGAGGACGGGUAUGAGUUCGGCCAGUGGGGUUCUCGCAAGGCGCAGCCAAACCGUCGGGAACGAGACUCGGAACGGACAGCUCUCACAGGGCUAGAUGAUUUGCUGGAUGGCAAGGUACCAGGUGAAGACCAGCUGGAAUUCAAAUAGCGUAUUAACCUAUUCAUUUUUGUCGUAA